ACGAGGAGGGCAUCAAACUAAUAACGGAGUUAGAGUUAGCGUUGACUCGCACACUAUUAGCGAUCCACGCACCCUCCAUAAAAAAGAAAGAAAAAAGGGGGAAAAUAAAGAAAAAGAAAAAGAAAAAGAUCUUCGCAAUUCCCCUCCAAAAAGGGAAUAUGGUUUCUUUGGAUUCGGCGCUUCCCCGCAUUGCGGUGAUCGGUGCAGGUACCUUCGUCCGCACGCAGUAUAUUCCUAGGUUAAGAGAAAUAGCUGAUUUUAUGAUUUUGAGAGCAAUUUGGAGCCGAACAGAGGAAUCGGCAAAAGCUGCCGCGGAACUAGCACGUGAUUUCGCCCCCAAUGUAGAGGUUAAAUGGGGCGAUUUGGGGCUUCAAGAUAUAAUUGAAGAUAGUUCGAUUGAUGGAGUUGCUGUUGUUCUUGCUGGGCAAGUUCAGGUUGAUAUUUCACUAAAAAUGUUGCAGGCAAAAAAGCAUGUCCUUCAAGAGAAACCUGCUGCUGGAUCGAUUGCUGAGGCAGAAACUGCAGUCUCAUGCUACCAAUCAGUUCCUAACCUUGUCCUGAGUAAGCCGAUUUGGGCUGUUGCUGAAAAUUAUCGAUUCGAACCUGCAUUUGUGGAGUCCAGGAAGUUAAUUGAUGGUAUUGGCGAUAUGAUGAACAUCCAAGUUAUCGUUGAAGGAUCAAUGAACAGUUCAAACCCUUACUUCUCAAGCUCAUGGCGACGGAAUUUUUCUGGAGGUUUCAUUCUAGAUAUGGGUGUGCACUUCAUCGCUGGGUUGAGAAUGCUUGUUGGAUGUGAGAUAACAACAGUGUCGGCUAUCUCCCGACAUGUCGAUGUGACUUUGCCGCCACCUGAUAAUAUAUGCUCUCUUUUCCAACUGGAAAAUGGUUGUGCUGGAGUUUUUGUUAUGGCAGUCUCCUCAAAAUCUCCAAAGAUAUAUUGGCGGGUAGAUGGCACAAAGGGAGCAGUGCAAGUUGAGCGCAGCACCGAUAACGGAAGGCAUGGCUACUCGGUACUGUUUUAUUCCGAAGACGGGGAGUGUCGGAAAACAUUCUAUCCAUUUAGCGGAGUGAACGAAGAAUUGAAGGCAUUUAUUCAUGACAUUUCACAGGCCAACAAAAAGGACGGAGUGGUCCACGAAGCUGAACCCCGUAGCUCUUACGUCGAGGGCGCUCGCGAUGUUGCCGUUUUAGAAGCCAUGCUUGAGUCGGGCGCGAAGCAAGGCUCUUCUAUCCAGGUCAAGAGGUUCUGAUCUGUUCAAACUAUUAUUCUUCAGAUCAUUGUUACUAUUAUUCCUUGAGAUAUAUAAUAACUCACUCCAUCUGAAAAAAAUUCUACUAUUCAAAAGAGUUCUCAGUUUUCUCUUAUUCUUUUUCUUUUCUUUCUUUUUUUUUUCCGAAGCUGGACUUUUUGAGAGACUUUAUGUAAUACCUCAUACAAAAUUGACAUGUAAUUGUUAAAUGUGAGAUAUUCGGAAAGGCGAAAAGCGCGGAAUAAUUAACGGGACUCGAAUUCAGAAUCUCUUGCUCUGA